AUGGUAGGGGAUCUCUCUGUUCUCCCAAAUAGGCGUCGUUCCAACGAGCUUACUCUGCUAGAAUCGGAUAUAAUUCGGAUAUCCCCGAACCAUGUCCACAUUAAUGAUCCAGACUUUUACCACAGAAUUUAUAAAGUCAACUCAGACUUCCUGAAAGACCCUGGCUUUUAUCAUGCCUUUGGGAUGCGCGGAUCACUGCCCAUGGAACUCGACAAUGACAAAGCUCAAGCUUUGCGCAAGCUUCUUAAUCCUACACUAGCAAAGCCUAGUGUCGAUAGAAUGGCUGAGAUGGUUUACCAGAAAGUUCGGCAAUUCUCCGAGAUAACAUUGGAGAAGAAAGGAAGUAUCAAUAUACGACCCGGUUUUCAGUCGCUGUCUGCCGGUAUUAUCUGUGUGUGCUGUUUCGGGCGUGAAUUCAAUAUCAUCACCGACGAGGACGAUCCAGCAGGUAUCUCUCAAACAACCGAUUUAGUCUCUCACCACCUCUGGAAAGUACACUACCUUCCCUUUCUUGCAAGCCACCUAACAAAUGCCCCCAACUGGAUGAAACGGUCACUCUUCGCAGGGUAUCACAAUUUCCGAGAGCAAUGUGUCGCGCUGGUACAAACCACGCUGAACGCGCCGAAAGACUCUCGAAGAACAGGCAUCAUCGAUACCAUGCUCGAUGCGUCUCAGGCUGGCACCUGGGAAUCGCCCGACGAAGAGUUUCUGACUGAUCAGAUUUUCUCGUUGGUAUUCGCCGGGAUAGACACGUCUUCUAUUACAAUGACUUCUGCUUUUUAUUAUAUUCUCUCUUCUCCAGAUGUCCUGCUGCGGCUACAGGACGAGCUCCGCGGGAACACCCCGAAUAUUGAAGAGACGUAUGAUUGGAACAAAGUCCGCCAACUUCCUUAUUUGAGUGCGAUUAUCAAAGAGACCUUGCGCAUCAGCUCCCCGGCUCCAGGCAGGUUUCCGCGUAUUGUUCCACCCGCUGGGUUACAUCACAAAACUAGCUUUAUACCAGGAGGAACCGUCCUAUCCAGCUGUAUUUACCACAUCCAUCAAAAUCCCAACUUGUUUCCCGAGCCUGAGAAAUUCCAGCCUGAGCGGUGGCUUGAACAGGAUAGCAUUGGGCUUGAGAAAUACCUUGUGGCUUUUAGCAAAGGCAGCCGAUCUUGCCCGGGAAUUCAUCUCUCCUAUCUUGAGAUCUAUACAGUGCUUGCCAUCUUUUUCAGUCGAUUCGAUAUGGAAUUGUUAUCCCCUAGCAAGGACGAAGGUUUGGCUUGGUCCGAUCACGGCGUUGCGGUGUUUAAGUCUCCUGUCAAGGUGAGAAUCGUUACGGAUCAUUGGAGAAAGUGA